GUACCGUCUCCCAACCUGUGAAUGCUAAAUAUAAUUCGUGAAUGUGAUCACUUCAGUGCUCUGUGAACAGUGGUUUGGAAUAGUACGCAGUUGAGUCCGAGUCGGUCCGCGAGCUACACAAGAUCACAAAAUGGCCCACGAUCUGAAGGAUGUUGAAAUUGAGAAGGCACAGUUCGUCUUCUCCGUCUACGAUUGGGAAGGUUCCGGCCAGAUGGAUGCCAUGGACCUUGGCAAUGCUCUCCGCGCCCUGAACCUGAACCCAACCAUUGACCUGAUCACCAAGAUGGGUGGCACCCAGAAGCGUGGUGAGAAGAAGGUGAAGUUCGAGGAAUUCCUGCCCAUCUUCUCGCAGGUCAAGAAGGAGAAGGAACAGGGCUGCUACGAGGACUUCCUGGAGUGUCUGAAGCUGUACGACAAAAAUGAGGAUGGCACCAUGCUAUUGGCAGAACUGCAGCACAGCUUAACGGCUCUCGGUGAGAGACUGGAUGAUGUGGAGCUGGAAAAUGUCUUCAAGGACUGCAUGGACCCUGAGGAUGAUGACGGCAACAUCCCAUACGGACCGUUCCUCAAGAAGAUGAUGGAUAACAUGGUUGUCAUUGACCACGUUAAGUAAAUUCAUCACUAACUCAAUUGUGUACUUUUCAAAGUCUCCACUUAAUGUCAUCAUACAAGCAAACACACACAAAAGAGUAUUCCAUUUCUUCAGAGAUUGUGUGACCACGCGCCGUAAUCGAGCUAUUUAUAUAAUACAAAAUAUCAAAAGAGAGAACAACAUCUUCACUAUCGGAAACAAGACAGACAGCAACGAUGGAAACAACCUGGCGAAUUUGACAACAUCAGCAACACAUCUGCGAACAUCAGCAAACACUGAGUUUUUCCAGUUGAAGUCAACAGCAGCAGCAAAGUGAAACCAUAAACAAACAAGCAAAAAAAAAACAAAAUCAUAUGCAAAUCACAAGCAGCAUAUGCUAAACAAGGAAAACGAAUUUACCGUGUUACAACAAGAUCGGAAACAUACGGAAGCGGUUAUUACUAUUUUUCUGUUAAGAUUUAAAUAAAUUUCUACAUAAAGAGGUCA